CUUGAUUAAAACAGGAUUCUUGGUUAGCCUGAUAAUUCGAAAAAAAUGAGUGAAUAGUGUCAGUACGUUGUGGUGGGGAUUGGAAAUUGCUUGAAUUUUGGCGAAUAUGGAUGCUGUCUGCUUUAAAUAAAAUAUUCAUAAUCGCUUGUUGUGUAUUGGUCUGCAAUUCAGGCGAAUAUUUAGCCAAUUUUUUAGCCACAAGAUUUCCAAAUAUCUGACAUUCGUUGUGUCCUUCUGGGUUAUUGGCGUUUGCUGAUGCUUUUGAAAGUAUCUGAAAAGCUCUAUCUAAUUUAUCAGAAUCUUCACUUUUUCUUUGCUGUUUUCUAAUUGGUGUUACAUCCGUCAAUUUUCUUUUCGGUCUAUUAUGUAUAACCUCCUGAGUCUCCUUCACAACGUCGUUAUCUGUCAAUGUUGAUUCACCAUCAGAUACCUCAUUAUCAUCUGUUUCUUCUUCUUCAAUCUAUACCGACAACACCAGAAUCAUGGCUGGACGUGGCAAAGCAAUUUGAAAAAACCUCCGCAUUGCCUUGGAGCUUUAGAUGGAAAGCAUGUGGUUAUUCAAGCACCAUGCAACACUGCAAGCGAAUUUUUCAACUACAAAUCUACGUUCAGCGUUGUUCUUUUCGCCUUAGUGGAUGCUAAUUAUAAUUUUUUGUACGUCAAUGCUGGUGGCCAAGGGCGAAUUUCAGAUGGUGGCAUCUUUAAAGAUUGUUCACUUUACAAAAAACUAGUGGAAAAUCAGUUGAAUUUUCCUGAACCAGAAACUUUAAAAGGCAUGCAACGGAAAAUUCUUUAUUUUUUCAUCGGAGACGAGGCAUUUGCAAUCACUGAUUCGCUAAUGAAACCGUUUUCGGGAACGCAUCUCAAAGGAUCCAUACAAAGAAUAUUCAACUACAGAUUACCUCGUGCUCGAAGAACUGUAGAAAAUGUGUUUGGUAUUGCUUCGGCCGUUUUUCGAGUACUCCGUAAACCCAUGUUACUUGAACCCGCAAAAGCUGAAAUAAUUGUAAUGGCAAUAGCUCAUCUACAUAACUUCUUGAGAAAAAGCUCUACAUCUUCUACUUUGUAUAUAUGCCACAUGACAUGUUCGAUACCAAAUCACCUUUACCAAGAGCAACAAAUGAAAUAAUGUCUUCUCUAUUGCCACUUAAAAAUAUUCCCCGAAAACCAACUGAUAACGCGAAAAUAAUCAGAGACGAAUUGGCACUAUACUUUCAAAAUGAAGAUCCACUUGUGUAUCAAGAUAAUUAUGCGUAACACAAUACUUACGGUACUUUUUGUCUGUCGAACUUUAUUUUUGUCCCAAAGAAACAGCAAGCUUUUGAAAGCAAACCAACUACUUUCAUACACAUCAGAACGACCUGCAAUGAAUAUAAUAUGUUCGAUAUGUUAAUAAGUAAAUAAAAUACAUAAAUAAAAAAUAUAAUGUAAUUAUUCACAUUUACCUGUUCCUGUGCCUUUGCUUUUUUUAAUUUUUGCUUUUUCUCGCCUAAGUGCCGACAAUAACACAUUCAUUUUCUUUUUGCAUUCAUCUAUCGUGGUUUUAAAUUCUACAGCGAGCUCAUUCCAAGAAUCGUUUUUCUUUAUUU